CCUUCGGCUAACAACAAACUGGCGAAGUGCAAGAAACAUGGCUGAGUUCAAAAUGAAGAAGGAGCAGAACCUGACGGAACCGGCGGAGGUGGAGAACAGAAUCAAACAGCUGUGUGAGCAGUUCCCACAUGGAAUCACCGACCAGGUGAUACAGAACGACCUCCCGCACCUGGACCCCCAGCAGAGAGCUAUGGCCAUCAAUAAGCUGUUGUCAUUGGGUCAGCUCGAUCUGCUGCGGAACAGUUCAGGUCUACUGUACAGACUGAAAGACCCCAAGAACACCAGUAAGAUGAAGGGUUCAGACAACCAGGAGAAGCUUGUCUACCAGAUCAUUGAAGACGCUGGAAACAAGGGAAUCUGGAGCCGAGACAUUCGCUUUAAGAGUAAUCUUCCGUUGACGGAGAUCAACAAGAUCCUGAAGAACCUGGAGAGUAAGAAGCUGAUCAAGGCUGUCAAGUCAGUUGCUGCCUCGAAGAAGAAAGUGUACAUGUUGUACAACCUCCAGCCGGACCGCUCUGUGACGGGCGGAGCUUGGUACAGCGAUCAAGACUUUGAGUCAGAGUUUGUGGAGGUUCUGAACCAACAGUGUUUCAAGUUCCUGCAGAGCAAGGCAGAGACGGCUAGAGACAGCAUGCAGAGUCCAAUGGUCCAGAGGAACAGUUCUUUCGCCACCUCCCACGAAGUGUGGAAGUACAUCAGUGAACUGGGAAUCAGCAAGGUGGACCUGUCCAUGGACGACAUUGAGACCAUCCUCAACACACUAAUAUACGACGGCAAGGUGGAGAUGACAGUCAUUGCUGCUAAGGAAGGAACUGUCGGCAGUGUGGACGGGCAGAUGAAGCUGUACCGAGGCGUCAACACCAUCAUCGCACCCACCGGGCUGGUCAAGACGCCCUGUGGACUCUGUCCGGUGUUUGACGACUGUCACGAGGGCGGAGAGAUUUCACCGUCAACCUGCAUCUACAUGAACGAGUGGCUACAGUUUUGACACACCCUGAAAAAACAUGUACAAGAUUGUAAUUUUUAUUUAAAUAAACCGUUAGAUUGUC